GAGUGUGCCUGCCCAGUAGAAAGCUCUGGAUACCUAUUUCCUUCCUUUUCAUAUUUCUAGGGCGACAGAGAAAACCCAUCCGACUGAGCGCAGUCGUGCCAGCUUUCACUGACCCAAGGCACAUACCUGGCCUGGCCAUGGACGAACAGGCAGGGCCCGGUGUAUUUUUUAACAAUAAUAACAACUCGGGUUUGCCCGGCGCUGGCAAAGUACCACAGUCAGGCGACGUUGGUGGCGGAGAGGCGGCAAGGGCUCAGUACAGUAUUCCGGGGAUAUUGCACUUUCUACAGCACGAAUGGGCCCGCUUUGAGGUUGAAAGAGCGCAAUGGGAGGUGGAGAGAGCCGAAUUGCAGGCCCAGAUAGCCUUCCUGCAGGGGGAGAGGAAGGGACAGGAGAACCUGAAGAAAGAUCUGGUCAGGAGGAUCAAGAUGCUGGAGUACGCCCUAAAACAGGAGAGGGCAAAAUACCACAAACUCAAAUAUGGAACAGAGCUGAACCAGGGGGACAUGAAACCACCUACCUACGAUUCUGAUGACGGGAAUGAGAACGAAGUCCCUAGCCCCCCCAACAGCAGUCAUCAGCUUAACUGGAAACAGGGACGACAGCUACUCAGACAGUAUCUCCAGGAGGUGGGCUACACGGACACUAUUUUGGACGUGAAAUCCCAGAGGGUGAGGGCGCUGCUAGGUCUGGCUGGGGACCCUGGAGACAGGUCAUUAGACCAGAAGACCGAGCCCAUGGUCAACGGCACUGAACCGUCUUCCCUAAAGGACAGCGAUAUGGUCAGUAAACCUGACAUGUCGGACUCAGCCACGGUACUGGAGGCUUUCAAGUUUAUUGAAAGCGCCGCUGCAGAGUUCUGCGACGAGGAUGACGAAGAUGACAGCGAAGGAAGAGACAAAACCAUCAUGGAUUUGGCCACGAUGGUGAGGAAGAACACCUCCCCCUCUCCCUCCUCCACGUCCUCUGACCUCAGUGACGAUCCCGACACGGAGGAGGCCCUGAAGGGCUUUGACUUCCUGGCCAGUCCGGACGAGCUGGAUGGCUCACCAGAGUCCAGGAGUGCCGACAACAACGUAGACUGGGAGAAGGAUGAGCAGUCCGACUUGUCUGAGGCCUGGGAUGUGGACCAGGGUCUGAUAGCCCAACUCAAGGAGCAAUACAGGAAGGAGCGCAAGGGCAAAAAGGGGGUGAAGAGGCCUAACCGGUCUAAGCUGCAGGACAUGUUGGCCAACCUGCGGGAUGCUGAGGACCUGCCGUCUAUGCAGCCCUCAUUGACGCCCCCCUCCCGACCAAGCGUGCCCAGGCUCAACGAGCACGAAGUCAGCCGGCCAGAAGAAGUAGAAGCAAUGACGUUCCCACCCACAUCGGGCAAGUCCUUCAUCAUGGGCCGGUUGGAUGAGGCGGCCGAGAGUGAGCUGGGGCUGGGAGAGCUGGCAGGUCUCACAACAGCCAACGAGGCGGAUAGCCUAGCAUAUGAUAUUGGUAACAACCAAGACACUCUGAGGAAGACAUGGAACCCCAAGUUCACCCUGCGGAGCCAUUUUGACUCCAUCCGCGGCCUGGCCUUCCACCCAGUGGAGCCUGUGCUGGUCACCGCGUCCGAGGACCACACGCUCAAGCUAUGGAACCUCCAGAAGACCGCGCCCGCCAAGAAGUGUGCUGCCCUAGAUGUUGAACCCAUCUAUACAUUCAGGGCCCAUCGAGGUGCAGUGCUAUGUGUUGUUAUGAGCUCUACGGGGGAGCAGUGCUUCAGUGGGGGGGUGGAUGGAACGAUCCAAAGCUGGAACACCCCCAGCCCAAACAUCGACCCCUAUGAUUCGUAUGAGCCGUCUGUGCUGCGGGGGUCGCUGUGCGGCCACAAUGACUCAGUGUGGGGUCUGGUGUACAGCUCUGUCCACCACCGCCUCCUCUCCUGCUCUGGGGAUGGCACGGUGCGCCUGUGGAAUGCCGCCGACAUUGCUCCUGCCCUCGCUGUCUUCAACGAAAAAGGAGAGCUGGGCAUUCCAACGUCAGCCGACCUGGUGUGCAGCGAGCCAGCCCACAUGGUGACGUCCUUUAGCUCGGGGGAGAUCGGACUUUUCAACAUGGAGACGCGGCAACUGCUACUCAAGCUGGAGUCGAACAGAGAGUCAGUACCCCCAUGCAAAAUCAACAAAGUGCUGAGUCAUCCCACUCUGCCCAUCACCAUCACUGCACAGGAGGAUCGCCACAUUCAGUUCUUUGACAACAACACAGGGAAACUGAUUCACUCCAUGGUAGCACACUUGGACGCAGUCACCAGUUUAGCUGUGGAUCCCAAUGGAUUAUACCUCAUGUCUGGCAGUCAUGACUGCUCCAUCCGCUUGUGGAAUAUGGAGAGCAAGACCUGUAUCCAGGAGUUUACCGCCCACCGCAAGAAGUUUGACGAGUCCAUUCACGAUGUGGCAUUCCACCCUACCAAGUGCUACAUUGGCAGCGCUGGAGCUGACGCGCUAGCCAAGGUCUUUGUAUGACUCCCUCAGACUCAUACCUAAAUCUGUCUGGAAGGACCAAAAAUGUAUGUGGCAUAACAGAGAAGAAACCAGUUACUGAUGGAGUCUGGAAGAAAACGUGAUGUGAGGAUGAGGUACCUGGAUCUGGCUCUGGAUAGGUAGAGGAUAGCUAAUCAGUUAAAUGCUGGGGGGAUAAAGAGAGAGAGGAGAGAAAAUGAUAAAAAGAAAGGGCUAAUCCACCCUUUCUUUUCAUCCCUCCAUUCCUCAACUCACUAUCCCCCCCUACCCUGCGCCCCCUUGCUACCCCAGGCGGGCCUGGGUUUUACAGCCAAACCUGAACGAAACCCCCACAGGUCAUGCACCACAUGGACAGGGGGCAGAUGGAAGCUUUCACACUCCCGGGCACCCAAACAAGACUUGCGCUGAUUCUGAAGGAAGGGGUUUGUGUCGUAACAGACACAGACUGGGUAUGCUGCAUCCUCUCGUCACUCAUGCCCUCUUACUGCCCCCCCCUCCCCCACACACACACACACACCUUACCCUUAAGACUGCCUGUGUCUUAGUUGUUGUUUUGACAUAUUUCAUGAAAAUGUGCCUUCAGAGUAGUGUUAUAAAGAUGUACUCAUAGAUUCAAGUUCCAAUGCGAUGGCAAGAGACUGAGCCUGUAUCACACAUCAUUCUGAAUAAAGUCAUGGAUUUUCUGUCUGGCAAAUAAAGUUGGUUAUACUACUACUACUACUAUUUCAUUGUAGGGAGGCAAAAAUUCCAGUUGUAUAAUUUGUUGGUCCUAUAAAAUGGAAAGUGGGAAAUGUGAUUACAAGUUUUUUUUUUGAGUUUCGAGAUUUUUUUUUUUUUUUUUUCAAAGCCCCAAUACAUUUAAAUAUACUAAUAAUCUGUCUGUGGGUAACUAAUUCCAACAUUGAAGCCUGUGUUACCUCACAUUUGUUAACCUAAGGAAGUGAGCUGGUGUGUCCAAGCUUUAAACCCUUCUGCUACAUGUGUUGACAUGCAAGUUCACUCACCAAAAAACAAACUAAAGAAAAAAGUGUAAACAAAAAAUAACGUGGUUGUAGCAAUAACUUGUUUAGGCUGUGGCCAUUCUGAAACCUCAUUCAGCUUCCAAUGGAAUUGUAAAUGCUUUGCUUUUUGGCUACAGUUCUCCCAGGUACAAGUACAUUUUUAAUGUUUUGAUGUUAAAGUAAAUAAGACAGAAACUCUGUGACAUGUUACCUAUAUUGUAAUGUACUGUACCAACUAAAGUAGACGUAAAUUCUGACAGGAUUCGUUGUCAUGUGACACCCGCUAGGACUAGACCAAUCACUCUAGUUUUGUUAUUUCGGCACAAUUGAUUGAUCAAUGUGGUUUGACAGUUUGAAACACAGUUUGAAAUAAUGCUGCUUUUGUGGUCUACUCUUAGUUUAAACUUUAGACAAACUGCACUAAAACUUGUCAAGUUUUUGCAGUGAUACCUUCUAAAUAAUUGUAUUGUUAUUUAGACAAACAUAUAUUUAUUUCUUAAUUGUUUUAUGUCAUUUAAGCCAAAAGAAUUAACCAAUAUUUUUUUCUAUGAAGACAACAUGCUUCCUGUAAAACCUACCCCCUUCUGAUGGCUUUGUAAAUAAAUGAGCUCUCAAGCUAAUGUUGCUAUGUUAGCCACUUGGUUUAGACCAGGAAGUUAGCACCUUUAUUAUGGUUGUUAGUCCAUAAGAUGAAUAAAUAGUCUUUUAGCUCCUAUCUCUGACUGCAUUACUGAGGUUCUCAGUCUGCUAACUGCACACAAAGCUACACCCCAAGUUUGUUUAAUAUGCUUUAUGUAAUAACUGGUCGAAAUGCCUAUUUUUUUUAAUUAUUUUGAUUAAUAGUUUUUCAUUUACUUAACUAUAAAUGCUUGGUGACAAAGGUAAAUCCUUGUGAAAUACAGGUAGAUAUUUUUUAAAGAAUAUUUUGUUUUACUUGAAAAUGUAGAAGUAUUCUGUGACAAUUCGUAAACUUUUUGUUGUUGUGGGAAUGGAUAAUAGUCUUCUCAAAGUUUAUGCCUUCAAUGAUGAGCACUACAAGGGAGGAUGGACAUUGUUUUAUUUGUUGUUUCAAUUAGCAUUAUUACAAAAGAGCAAGUUUUCAUUAUUUUCCUAAUGCAUUGACCCAUACAAUGAGAACAUGUUUUCAUGUUUCCUGGGAUGUUCAAAAAAACGGUUGGGAAUUUGGUGCCCUUAUGUAAUACAAUAAUAUUGUAUUCUUUUUACUUUGGUGUCAGGUAGUUUUAGACCAUGUAAGGGAGCGCAAACAAAAUAUGUACAGUUUUAAGGUAUUAAAAUAUCUAUUUAUUAAAACAGUAUAUGUAUAUUGAGUGGCAACAUAAGUGAUGUGAAAUGGAGUCAGUAUGGUGUCUGUCGUGAUAAACAUACAGUAGUGUCAUCACAACACGAAGGAUAAUGAAAGGGUACUGUAGUGCCCCCUGUUGGUCAGAAUGCAGAAUAUUGAAGUCAGGUCAGUUGUUGGCUCAUAUUUCCUUCGGCAUAAUUUGAAUGGCAAUUCAUAAGGAGUGUUCAGGUUCAAAUAUUAAAAGCCAGUUUUUUGAGGACCUCUUUCAAUGUAGAUUUUCACUACAGCCUGUUGUUUAUUUCCAUGGGUUUAAUAGAAAUUACCAUUUGCCAUGAGUUUCUAAGCUUGAAACCGCACUCUAUGGUCCAUCAUGAAGUCACUCUUGAGUCACCAGUAUUUUAAUCACAAGAGACUGACCAGCAGGGUAAUAUAUACAAGCACUACAGCAUGUAGAAAACCUGAACACAAAACUAACUACAACAAAGGACUGGGCCAUGUCUAGUUUGCCUGUUAUUUAAAGUAAUUGCCCUUUUAACUUGUAAGUUAUACAAAGAAAUCAUGUGAAUUUGAUAUAGUAAUUCUACUGUACAUACAGUAAAUAUAACUAUUGUUGUUUUAGUCUAUUCUUUUUUCAUGAUGUAUUCUCUUUUUUCUCAGAUGAGACAGUGACAGAUUUAUUAAUAACAACAAUAAAGGCGUAUGUUGUAUUUCA